GAAAUACGGGAGGCCUUCAACGAGUACGACUUGAUGGGUCUAGAGACCAUACCGGCGCACGAUUUCGGCGACGCGCUGAGACUCGCUGGCCAGGCGCCUUCUGAAAGUGAAGUGCAGGAGAUGUUGAAGCUGGCUGUACUUGAUGACACAGGCUGUUUAACAUUUGACGAGUUCGUGAAAGCAGUAGGACAACGAGGGUGGAUGGAUGAGGUGGAGGUGGCCCAGGAACUUGAAGACGCCUUGAGGUAUUUUGACAAAGAAGGAAAUGGCUGGCUGGACGCACAGGAAAUGAGGAACAUCUUGAAGACCCACGGAGAACCUCUUGAUGACGAUGACGUCACAGAGAUGGUCAAACUGGUGGACAUAAAAAAUAAUGGGCGGAUGGAUUGUAAUGGUCAGUUUACGUUUUUAUGUAAAUUAACUCCGUGCAGAUGGUGUAAAUCUAUUCAUUUUCAAUUAAAUUCAUUUUGUUUAUAA